CGAAAUCUCUAUACCAUGACCGAAAUGAAGUGAAUUCGCUUUGAUUGAAGUGUAUUAUUUCCGAGCGAAGUUUCUCUGUCUGGACAUAGUCUAAUGGAAAACACAAGAAUUAUAUGCACAAUAUCUCCUGCUGUAUAUUAUUAUCAUUGUACAGUUCUAUGCCUAGAGAAUAAUUAUUUUCGCUUUCCGGGGAAACUAUUAUUACUAUUACAUCGAUGAAUAAUGGACAUCGAAGGGGACAUGAUUUAUGAAGGCUUUGCAGAAAAUACCGCUUCAUCUUUGUCUUUUCAAUUUCAAGCAUUGGCAAUUAAAUUUACUCAUGAAAAGAAUUUAAGAACGCGACGCAAACUUUUGGAAAAGUGCAGAAAUCUUCUGAUGGUUUUCAAACGAACAGUUCUUAUUAAUCGUCGUAGAUAUCAACAAAGGAUGCAACGGCGCCAGUCAUUACUGCGCUCUUCUUUUAUGCAACAUCUAUUGGAAUUAGAAACAAAUUUUUUCGAACUCCUUCCAAUGUCUAAAUUAAGCGACAUUCAAUUAAAAAUAAAUGAUGAAACUCAAAAGUAGACUUAAACUCAAA